UUCAGGUAUUCUCCCCAACAAGGCCGCCCAACCGGCCUUUACUCUACACCACAAACAACACACACAUCUCAGACUCUACAAUCUCAAACCUGAUAGCAUGAAAUUGUGCUUUGCUCUAUACGUGAUUGCCAUCAUCCUACCAUCUUUUUCAACGGCUGUACCCCACCAUGACUCACGCCAUACCUACCUUGAAAAGAGGCAGGGAUCUACUUCCCAAGAUACAACUUCAAAACCUAAGCCAAGUUCACCUGGUAUGCUAGCUAAACCCCUUGGCUCUCCCGAAGAAAAAGAUCCGAAAGGAGGAAAAGAUAGCCUCCUAGGCACAGAAGAACCAGACGAACGAAAAGGGAUAAAAGAUACGGCAUCAUUUGGUCCGGGAUUACCAAGGAAACCCAAAGAACCAAACACACCCCCUAUAAAUCUCCCCAAUCCUGGUGGGUUGGGUCCAGCAGGUUUCCCUCCUGCAAAUACUGGGGGUGAUAUCCCGUGGGAUGGAUCGGGAGGUGGCGGCUCGACCAAGCCCGGAGGCCCUACGAACGAUGCCAUUAACAAAACCUCCAACGCAAGUCUUCAAAUGUUGGAAAAGAUUUUGAACCAUACCCUUUCUACUUUACCCGGACUUGAGAAGCUGUCAGACCAGGUUGAGAAAAUGAUGGCAGGACAGUUAGAGGAUGCUAUGGAAAAGGCACAGGACACCCCAGAUUCACCGGGCAGUCGAACAGAUGUCCAAGAAGGCAUCCAAGGUUCUGCGAAUGCUACAGCCAACAAAACUGUGAGCAUAACAGCUCCAGUGGAGAUGAACGGGACUGAUUCUCAAGGAAAGGCGUGUGAAACUUAUGGAUAUAUCACUCUUUCUGCUACUACUCUAACCACUCUUUCUACGCUCUUCCAAAGCUUGGUAAAGCUGGAAAAGACUGUCAGCAAAGAUGGCAGUAAAAAAUCACUCACCAUCCUCCAACAGGCUCGGGCCCAAGUUUCGUUCACUAUGUUUUCGGUAAUCAAGCUAACUGCCACGCCAGCAGUCACAUCGUGUCAUGUUCCUCCGUCUCAAACAACCUUCAGUACUCAGAUUCAGGCAAAUGUAUCAAUGUGUGCAGAAAUGCUCACCAAAGUUGAACAUGACUUGAAAGCGGGCAAAACCACGGUUUCCAAAUCUGCUGAUCUUGGAAUUGACGCAAGCUUGGGUGCCAAUUCGACCAUGAAUUCGACUGUUGGUCCAGGCAGUACACCUGGAGAAUUAGGAGGGGGUGGAUCUGGCGGCGCUGAUAAAGGUACGGGUGAUUCGGGAAGCAUCGUCAAUCCACUCGGGGAUAGAACUAAGAAACCUGGUGGUUCUGAUUCCCCAGGAAAUCCUACAUCAGUCUCUCCAGAUGGAAUUACGCCAAAUAGCGAUGCCAGCCUAGGUGGGGGCGACUUGGGAGGCUCCACUCCUAACGAUGACAGUUCUACUACACCGACCGACGCAUCAUCCGCAGGUGGGGCUGAUGAUUCAACUUCAUUCAAAGCAGAUUCAUUUGCGGAAGUGAAGGCAAGCUUUGCAGCUGCGGUGCAAGUCACAACUGGGUUGGUUACCUCUCAACCGUCCCAAGGAAAGGAAGGGAUCCACAUCGGUGCUACAGUAAACGCUCAAGUCAACGUCAACAUCAAGGCUCGAGUCUCGAUUAAAAGCUCAGUAAUAGACAAUUUCUUGGAUAGAGUCAAUGGUGGUAGUGGUGGGCAAGAGCAUGAUGCUUUGCAAAAUCCAAAAAUACAGCAACAGGAUGGAAUGGGAAUUCUUCAGGAUAUCGGAGGAAGCGUAUUUUCAAACAUCUAUUCAGGCAUUUCAGGUUCGGGCGGAAGCUCCAGUGGAUCAUCAACUGAUGUUAGUGGUGGCGGCGGUGAUAAUGCAUCCGGCUCCGGCUUCCCAGACUCUACUGGGGGAAGUUCAGCGAGUCCUGAUUCCACCGGUUCGAGUGCAUAUCCUGGAGAUUCAUCCGGCACCGGAUACCCUGGCUCUACUGGGGGAAGUGCAGCGGGUGCUAAUUCAACCAGUUCAACUGGCUAUCCUGGAGAUUCAUCCAGCGCCGGCCUCCCUGGGUCUACUGGGGGAAGUGGAGCGAGUCCUGAUUCAACCGGUUCAAGUGCAUAUCCCGGAGAUUCAUCCGGCACCGGCUUUCCAGGCUCUACUGGGGGAAGUGGAGCGAGUCCUAACUCAACCAGUUCAACUGGCUAUCCCGGAGAUUCAUCCAGCGCCGGCCUCCCUGGGUCUACUGGGGGAAGCGGAGCGAGUCCUGAUUCAACCGGUUCAAGUGCAUAUCCCGGAAGUUCAAAGGGACUGGGUGGCUCUGACACCAGCUCUAACACAACAUCUAGUCCUGAUUCAACUGGUGGAGCGAGCGGUGGAUUGGGAGGAUCCUCAACCGGAGGCGGCGAUAACUCCACCCCGUCUCCAGGAGGGAAAGAUGGUACCCUGGUCGAUGCCGAAGGGAGUGGAUCUGGAGGCUCAGGAAUGGGUGGGGGAGGUGCCGGUCUUGGAGGGAGUGGUGGUGGCUCUUCGAGCGGCAGUGGCUCCGGUAUCGGAUCAUCCAGUAGCAUGUCUGGAGAAAGUGGUAGUUGCGUAUGCAAGUCCGACUCGUCCACUCAUCUUCGCAUUAGAAGUCUCGAGGCUCAACUAGCUCAGGUCCAUAGAGUCAUGCACAAAAGAGGUUUGACCGAACUUUGA